GUCCGUUUGUUAUAUACUUAGACAUCGGCAUGACUUUUAAAUCAAGCGUCAAAUAAAAAUAACUAAUUGUUUAACAUUGACAAUAAUGUUCGUACUCCCCUAAAUUAUACGACAGUUACGUAGGCUUCUUGAUUGACGGCUCCAUAUUUUUGUUGAAAUUUGCUCCUAGCCUACUGGAGAUAGGAAGAAGAAGAAAAAAAAACCAUUCAAUAUUGAGAGGGGAAUAGCAUGCACACCGCAUCUUAACGGAAAACAGAGGAAGUUGAAAUAAAGAAGAAAGGCUACCAGAGGAUUCGGUGGGACGGGUCUGGACAGGAGAGGGAUAACACUAGAGACAUUUACGUAUUUUUAACCAGAAUAUUCUGUUCACUUGAAGGUAAGUAAUCCUAUGAGACGGCGCCAUGACAACCGAGAUGCAGGAGAUCGCCAUCACCGAGGAGAAGCCUUUACUUACCGGUCAGCCGGAAGCCAUGAAGGAGGUAGAGGUGGCUGCUCGAAUACUGCUGGACCAGGGGCAAGAGCACAACAUUGAGACCCCUCAUGGCAUGGUGCACGUGACGGUCCAUGGAUCAGGGAACACCCGGCGCCCGGCCAUCCUCACUGUGCACGACGUGGGACUGGACAGCAAAAGCUGCUUCUCUCCCCUGUUUAAGUUUGAGGAGAUGCAGGAGAUUGUGAAGAACUUCACCCUGGUCCACAUCGAUGUUCCUGGGCAGGAGGAGGGGGCAGCCGCCUACCCCCUGGGUUACCAGUUUCCAUCAAUGGAGACCCUGGCUGAAAUGAUCCCUGCUGUGCUGCAGUUCUUUAAUUUCCGGACGGUAAUUGGAGUCGGUGGAGCAGGGGCCUACAUUCUCUCCAAGUUCACAACGGCUAACCCAGACUCGGUGGAAGGUCUGGUCCUGAUCAACAUCGACCCAGAAGCCCGGGGCUGGAUGGACUGGGCUGCUCAGAAGGUCUGUCUGCCCCCCAUCUUCCUCACAGACCAGAUCAUGAGUCAUCUGUUCAGUCUGGAGGAGAUGUCAGCCAACACUGAGCUUCUGCAGUCUCACAGAGACCGCAUCUCCAAGUCCCCUAACCUCGUCAACAUGGAGCUCUUCUGGAAGAGCUACAACAGCCGCAGGGACCUGAACAUCGACCGCAACACUACCUUCAAGUGUCCAGUGAUGCUUGUAGUUGGUGAUCAGUCCCCGUACGAGGAAGCUGCAGUGGAGUGCAACAGCAAACUGGACCCUACAACAACUUCAUUCCUGAAGAUGGCUGAUGCAGGUGGUCUUCCUCAGCUCACCCAGCCCAGCAAGCUGACCGAGGCCUUCAAGUACUUCAUCCAAGGAAUGGGCUACAUGGCCUCGUCCUGCAUGACGCGCCUGUCUCGCUCGCGCACCACCUCCCUCUCCUCCUCCUACUCCAUGGAGGGCUCCCGCUCCCGCUCGCGCACCCUCUCCCAGGGCUCCCAGGGGGGGCAGAUGCCGCCCUCCCCCUCCCACACCAUGGAGGUGUCCUGUUGAAGAGAGAGAGAGAGAGAGAGACAGAGAGAGAGAGAGAGAGAGAGAGAGAGACAGAGAGAGAGAGAGAGAGAGGGAGAGAGAGAGAGAGAGGGGGAGAGAGAGAGAGACAGAGAGAGAGAGAGAGAGACAGAGAGAGAGAGAGAGAGAGAGAGAGAGAGAGAGAGAGAGAGAGAGAGAGAGAGAGAGAGAGAGAGAGAGAGAGAGAGGGGGGGAGAGAGGUUGGGAAAGGGAAUGGUAGAUGGUGAGGGUGCGUGAGAAUGUUGUUUGGAGGAGAGGAUGUCUCAGAUCAACCCCUUGCAUCACUUUAUUCCCACUGAGAGAGUCGGAGAGGGAAGUUUUUACAAAGAGCUUGUGAAGGAGUGUGCGUAGCACAGGCGAAUAUGGAGAAUGAUUGAGACCCAAUUCCUAAACUCCAUCCCCAAAUGUACCCUCAUCCUGUGAGAAAAGGAGAGAGGGAGAGAGAGAGGAAGGAUACUUGUACAUGUAAAAGGGAAAGAAAUCAGAAUCAGAAUCAGAAUGGGAUUUAUUCGCCAUGAAACGUUUGCACAGACCAAGAGAAUUCUGCUUUGGCAGGAAGGUGCAUACAAUAAACAUAUACCUAAAAUUUAAAUAUGUGGACUAAUCUAUACUAAGGGUACAUAAAAUAGCAGUACUAAGUGGGAUUAUAAUAGAAUUAAAUAUACAAUAAAAUAAAAUAUAAGUUGCCGUAAAUUACAAUAUAAAAAUACAAAAAUACAAAUAUUACAAAAAAUACAAAUGUACAAGGGAGUAAGAAAGGGAAAAAUUGGGAGGAAGACAGGAAGGAGACAUGGAAGAAGGGAGAGGUGUCGAAAGAGAGAGAGAGGAGAAGGUAGAAGUGAGAGCGGGGUUCUUUCUAAUAACACGCCACAGGUAAACUGAGCGUCAGCAGUUAUGUGGGCAAAGGGCAGACCUUGUGACAACUUAAGCUCCAGAUGAAGUUAAAGACAACAUUAACCAGGCAAAUCGGGGGAGGAAGUGAGGAAAGGGCGUUUUUAAGGGUGGCGGCCUGAGCUCUCUCCCUCCCUCUUUUUCAGAAUGCCUCUCAGCCAUAGUCGAGCCCCUUUUAACCUAGAGAGUGGGCGGGUCCUGUAGAGGCUCCGCCCCUAGUGUUAACCAAUAGUAAUAAUCAUGAUAAUGAUGUUGUGGAUGAUAAGGACGAUGCUGUUGCUAAUAAUAAUAAUAAUGGCUAUGACAAUAAUGACAUAGCAAAAAUAACAAAGCUGUUCUUUAUAACAUACUGAGUUUGGAAAUAGAUAGAAACAAACAAAAAAAAACUGUAGGAGAUACAAAUACUUAUAACAAUAUGUCUCUGGUCAACUACCUUUACCAUUUGUUUUUGUUGUCUGUUUAUGUUUAAUAUUUCGAUUUUCAUCAUUUUAAUAAUCCAGAGAGGGGGAAGGCAUUUAUCAUUGGUGACAUGAUCGCCAUGGUUUCAGAGUGGCUUUGUCUCCUAGCUGUUGCCGAGAGUGUUAAUGUCUUCCAUCUCUCUCUAGGGGCCAGGGGUGGGUGUGGGGCAGGAGGUGUGGUCCAGUGUAGGGUAUGGUAAGGUAGUGGGUGUGGCCAGUGUAGGGUAUGGUAAGGUAGUGGGUGUGGCCAGUGUAGGGUAUGGUAAGGUAGUGGGUGUGGCCAGGGCUUGGCGGGGAAUGGGGUUGGGGUUUUUUGACUGUGUAUUAUGCAUGCCUGAUUUCUGAUUAUGUGAAUAUAGACUGGACUUAUUUUUUUUGUACAUUGACAAUUUGCAUUUGUGUGUGUGUGUGUGUUGAAGCUGAUGGUUAAAGGUCCGAAGCGAAGAUAAUAAGAGUGGCGUUACUAUCUCCCACUAGUCAUAAGAAACACAAGUGCUUCCGAUACUGCAGGCCAUCCCAAAGUCUCUCCACAGAUGUACACGAAUUACAUGCUAGCAAGCGUUCAAAGAACAUUAGUUUGCUACGGUGGAUAAUGUUUGCGAUACACAAUUCAACCCAUAGGGGGAGGCAGACUAUGUGUAUCCACUGGCACAUGUCUUAGUCUUUAUCUAGCUGAAAAGGAGCAAGCUUAACACCAAGCUUACUGUGGUGGUCUUUACGUAGAUGUGUACCACAAGCUUUGUGUACCUAACUGAAAGUGAUUGACAGCUUGAACCGCCAAUAGCGUAUCAUCCUGUUGGACACACAGCCAUCGAUUAGUGAGGGUAUGCUGUAACAAAGGUUAGUGUGUGGCUUCUUUGCUUUAGUCAAUACACUUGUGCGUGUGUGUGUGUGCAUAUAUGAUUGAUAGCUCUCAUAGCCUUACAAGCACAAAUGACACAAAAUGUCAGUGUUGUCCCUUGAACCUGAAGUGACCUCUCAGUCACGUCGCCCCCCACAGCAGUGACCUUUGACCUUUGUGUCUUUUAUCCGACCUGACAAUGAACCAGCCCGUCCACUGCCAAACAGGAAGCAGCCGCUGCACAUCCAGAGGCCUAGACGACUCUCCACCACAAGCCAAAACAUGCAUCCUGGCGACCCACUUCCUUUUCUAGUGUGCUUCUUAAGACUCAGCACACUUAGUAGCACAUAGUUACUGACUGCCAAUCGAGACUGUCCGGGUCAUCUCUCCUUUCACAAGUGAAACUGAUUCAUAGUAUGAAAACGAGGCUUUCUAAUAUGAAAUACAAGUCUAAUGAACACCGUCAGAUUCAAGCACAUACCAAGCUUCCCACUGCCUUGUUGAAAUCCCGUAGAACUGACCACGUUCCCAAGAAGCCAGCUAGAACACCCCUGAGAGAGCUGUGUGCAUGUGACAACCGUGUGUGUGUUUGUGAGAACAGUGUGUGUGCGUAGUGGUGCACUAUCGUCCAUAAGAAAUUGUGCUUUUUAACCCUUGUGUUAUCUUCGGGUCAUUCCGACCCAUCAGUCAUUGUGACCCACCGUCGUAUUGCGACAACUUUACCGCAUACAAAAACUAAGUGAAGCAUUUUCUUUUAACCGUAGGGCUGUCUCAGACCCUCCACAUUGCGAAGGUUAAAAGAAAAUUAUUUUUAUUUGUUUUUGUAUUGGGUAAAAUUGGGUAAACACAACGAUGGUUCGUUAUGAACCUUUGGGUCAUGUGACCCGAAGGCAGCACAAGGGUUAAAAGUAGUUCUCAAGCUUAUUAGUGGUGAAGCUUUCUUUCCCAGCGAUGACACUCCUGUCCCUGAACCUCCUUUUACAAGCACAAGUUUGGUACGAGAAGGAAGAUGAUGAUGAGAAAGAGGAGGAUGAAAGUAGGUUAGCUGAUGAAGAUGAUGACGAAGGCAGGUGAUGAAGAACGUGUGAACGAGAUGGUUAGCCUCCUUCUGAGUUUGCAUUGAGAAUCAGCCAAUCAGAAUCGGGCAGGCGUCUACCAAAUAAGGGGAAUGGGUGGAGCCUAACAGCUUACCAAAUAAGGGAAAAGGGGGUGGUGCUUUGCGUUUGAAAAAAGGGCAGAGAUGUGUGAAUGUACGUGCUUGUCCGUUAAAUUUCUUUGACUUAUUUUUACUUCAGUCAUAUUUCUUCUCUUUUCUUUUUAUCACCCUAGUUUUUUUUGUCUCUGUGAAGUGUUAGUCUACUGUCCCAGUGUGCUCUUAAACCUUAGACAACCGUGUGACAGUUAUUGUGUAACUUUUUUAGCUUUUAGCUCUGAAAAGGAAAAAUAAUAACUUGAUUAACCCUAAAAUGUUAAAUAUAACAGAAUACAAUGACAUUUACAUGUGUGGCUAAUUUCUCUGUGUAAGAAAUGAACAACCUAAAAAAAAAAAUGUAAGUAUUAAUAAAAUGUUGAGA